GAACAGUUCCUGCCUCUGCCCGCGCCGCCGUCACAGCCCACCCCACAAUCGCACCGCGCUGAUCUUCCCGCGAUGCUCGCGUCGUCCUCUUCGUCCUCUUGGCCCGGCAUUGCAUUCCCUUCGUUCUCCCACAUUUAUUGAUUGAUUUGGAUCCUACUGCAGCGUCAUUCCUAUGCGAGCUGCGCCCUGGCGGCCGAGGCGAAACGACAAAGACACAUCCUCCUGAGGGCGCCUCAGCCAACAGCAUUGAAUCCCUCUUCCUCAAACGUCACCUGCUGAGGCUGAGGCAGCCUUCCCAGCUUCCCCUACGUGCGUUUGACCUGCUGUUCUGUGACACCUGAGGCCAACCAGCAAACGCUGCCGGACGGCGCUCCCCUGCUCACCAUGCCUCGCCCUCACCUUCCAUCCCACAUUUCCCUCAAGAGGAUCAAGAGCAGCAGCAACACUGGCAGUGCCAACUCUUCUGCUCCGUCCACCCCGCCAGCUGCACAGAAUCCCAGCUCCGGUUACAUCAUGGCCGGUGCUCCGCGAACUCCAGGUCGGCCGCUGGAAGGCGACCACAUGGGCAUGGGGCUGCAAUUGGUGGUGCAGGUACUCAAAGGACGCAACCUCGCUGCGAAGGACAAGAGCGGCUUCUCUGAUCCGUUCCUCGUACUCACAUUGGGCGAUCACAAGGAGGCAACCAGCGUUGUCAACAAGUCUUUGAAUCCAGAAUGGAAUCAGACAUUUCAAUUUCCAGUCAAUUCCCCCGACUCUGCAUUGCUCGAAGCAGUGUGCUGGGACAAAGACCGCUUCAGGAACGAUUACAUGGGCGAAUUCGACAUCGUCUUGGAAGAGGUGUUUGCUGCAGGAAAUAUCACCCCCGAGCCGAGAUGGUUCAAGCUCGAGGGCAGACGCAACGGCAGACGGAAGCAGAAAAAGGAUAGUAACAUUUCUGGCGAGAUCUUGCUCCAAUUCAAGCUUUCCGACCCGAUCAACAGCGCAGCUACGCCACAGCAGAUACUGCAAAGGUUCCAGGGAAUCGUGUCAGAUCCUGAGCAAGACGAUGAAGAUGACGAGGACGAAGAGCUUCUGAGAAGAAUGAAUAGCAGCAACUUGGACGAUCUCGAAGAGGAGGAUGAUGACGAUAAAGAUCCCUCGGACGAGACAGAUGAUGGCACAAGAACACCUAGCGGCACUUCGGAGGAGAAGCAACGCUCUAGACGUCGUAGAAAGCUCAGGCGCCUACGACGUAAGAAGAAGACGAGCGCAUACGAGUUCGGUGCUGCAUCAGAUGUGGCUGGAGUGCUGUACCUGGAAGUCAACAGAGUUACAGACCUUCCUCCCGAGAAGAACGUCACAAAGACCACUUUUGACAUGGAUCCGUUUGUGGUCACUUCGUUAGGUCGAAAGACCUACCGCACUCGUGUCAUCAGGCAUGACCUCAACCCAGUCUUCGAUGAGAAGUUGGUGUUCCAAGUUCAAAAGAGCGAGCAAAAUUACAGUCUCUACUUUGCGGUGGUUGAUCGCGACAAGUUCUCUGGCAACGAUUUUGUUGGUACUGCUAGCUUUCCGCUGGAGAAGGCGCGCGAGCUCGCUCCAGAGGCUGAUCCUGAGACCGGAUUGUACAGGCUACCAGAUCCGGAGGCUUCGAUCGAAGGCGACCAAAGCGAGUCGAAACGCAAAAGAUUCCGUAACCCCCUUUCUAGGAGCGCAAGCCGCAAUGAUCUGCCAAAGUUGGGAAGCAAGAACAGUUCUAGCACCAAUUUGAACAAGUUGUCGAAGUCUUCGAGCAGCGGCAAUCUCAGCGGUAUGCAACAGGUUGAGGCAUCUCGUCCUCAGUUGCAGCACGGCGGGUCUGAUACUGCUGUGCCACACCAAGCGAAACUGGCUGCGAGGCGAAUGGCCAGCAGCGGCCACCUCACUAGUCAGGAGGAUCAGAACGCCCUUGACCUUAGUGAUGAAGCUGGAAUGCACUCCUUCGAGUUGCCUCUGGAGCUCAAGAACGCGCAGCGCUGGGAGGGAAGAUAUCAUCCUGUCUUGUACAUCCGAGCCAAAUAUUUGCCGUACCGCGCUCUGCGGCAGCAGUUCUGGCGUGUUCUUUUGCGACAGUACGAUGCUGAUGAAAGCGGGAGAAUUGACAAAAUCGAGCUCGUCACCAUGCUGGAUACGCUAGGCAGUACCCUCCACAACAAGACAAUCGACGGCUUUUUCAAGCGUUGGGCGCAUGUCAACGGCGAGGAGUACCUCACUAUGGACCAAGCGGUGAUUUGUUUGGAGGAGCAGCUCAUGAAGCUUCAAGACUUGCACAACGGCUCUGCUCAUCGCUCAGGACAAUCGGACCCAUCCACUUCCACGUCACAACUGACAAUGGCCACAAACAGUUCGAGCUCGCCAGACUAUAGCCCAGGAGGCGGAACACCUUACCUUGACGCAUCCGACCCUCUCAACAUGCAUCCGUCCAAGACUUCGAUUCCGGCACUGGAAGUAAGUGACCUUGGUGACAGCGGUGAGAUGGGAGACUAUCUCGAAGCUGGCGAAGAAGAGCUCGGUGGCGAUCCGGACACCAAGGAGGAGCAUGUGGUCGAGAUCUCUGAAUGCCCGAUCUGCCAUCAGCCGAGAAUUGCUAGGGGCCGCAAAACGACUGAUGCCGAUAUCAUCACGCACAUUGCAACAUGUGCGAGCAGCGAUUGGCGAGCUGUGAACAAUCUGGUCAUGGCUGGCUUCGUCACUAGCUCCCAAGCACAACGAAAGUGGUACUCUAAGAUCAUCACGAAAGUGUCUUACGGAGGCUACAAGCUGGGCGCGAAUAGUGCCAACAUCCUUGUACAGGAUCGCAUCACUGGCCAGAUCAAUGAGGAGCGCAUGAGCAUAUACGUACGUCUUGGAAUUCGUCUUCUCUACAAGGGCCUCAAGAGCAGAGAGAUGGAGAAGAAGAGAGUGCGAAAGCUGCUCCGCUCUAUGUCCUUCAAACAAGGACGGAAGUACGAUGAUCCUGCUUCAGCUUCCCAAAUCGCUGGUUUCAUCAAUUUCCAUCAGCUUGACAUGAGUGAGGUCCUGUUGCCAACGGAGAAGUUCAAGACCUUCAAUGAGUUCUUUUACCGCGAGCUGAAGCCUGGAGCUCGUCCGUGCUCGGCUCCCAAUGACCAGCACAUCAUUGUCAGCCCGGCUGAUUGCCGUUCAGUCGUGUUCAAUCGCAUGGACGACGCGCAGCGUAUCUGGGUCAAAGGCCGCGAAUUCAACAUCGAGCGACUGCUCGGCGAUGCUUACCCACAAGAUGCCAAGCGCUAUCACAACGGUGCUCUAGGCAUCUUCCGCCUGGCUCCCCAAGACUACCAUCGCUUCCACAUCCCAGUCGAUGGUGUCAUGGGCGAGCCCAAGUUGAUCGAUGGCGAGUACUACACAGUCAACCCCAUGGCCAUUCGCUCUGCGCUGGAUGUGUAUGGCGAGAAUAUUCGCGUUGUUGUACCCAUUGACUCGACCUGCCAUGGACGUGUAAUGGUCAUCUGCGUUGGAGCGAUGAUGGUCGGGUCUACUGUCAUCACGCGCAAGAAGGGUGAUCAGGUCAAGAGGGCAGAAGAACUGGGAUACUUCAAGUUUGGAGGAUCUACUCUGCUUGUGCUCUUCGAGCCCGGCGUGAUGAAGUUCGACGAAGACCUGGUUGCAAACAGUAGUGGUGCUCUUGAGACCUUGGUCCGCGUUGGCAUGUCAAUCGGCCGCACGACUGGCCAUGCGCCACAUUUGCCAGAUCAGCCAAAGGCCAACCCAACUGAAGAAGAGAAGCAGCGCGCCAAGCAACGUAUCGAAGGCUCGCUUGCUCCGAGCACGGGGAAGACCGUUGCCACUGCGAUGUAGCCCAUCAAGUGAGCAUUAUGAAGAAAUGAUUUGCAUAGGAGAUUGUUGUAUGAAUGACGAAAGAAGCAUCUAGCGAGCAUAGUCGGAGCGAAAACAAAAAAAAGCAGUCACCUGGUACAUAGAAGCAGCCGCAGAAGCAAGGCGGUGGAGGUGACAAAAAGACUCACAGUACAUAUGGCAUGGUUGAGUACCUGCCCCAACACCAUCACAGGACAAGCUGGUCCUCGACGAGGGUUGUCAACCACUCCUCGAAUUCAAACUUGUUGUGGUAUGAAGAGAGGAAGGGAAGACGUAGAAACUCAAAAUGGCACCUAGCAUGGACA